CUCCCAGUCUGCUGGGUGCUUGUGAGUGCAGUACCUGAAGACUGUCUCCGGUCAAACCUCCUCAGGAGCCGGUAGAGAGGGGGGGUCCAGAGCAGGGGCAGAGACAGCCGUGCACCGACCAGCAUGGACCCCCAAAUGAAGGAGCGCACCACGGGGGGGUUCAGCGGCCGACUGGCCUCUCUGGGAGCCGACGGGGGAGACUCUGAGUCCGGCGCCGGGUCGGAGGAAGCAGUGGGCUGCUGCAGCGACACGUUCAGCAGCCUGCCCGACAUGGAGCAGGAGAGCCUGGAGGAGAAGCUGCGAGGGCUGGCGUUCAGGAAACAGACCUCUUAUCGGAAAGCGAUCUCCCGUUCAGGCCUCCAGCACCUCGGUCCACCUCAACCCUCCCUGCCUCCUGCGUCCAACGGGCCCAACAAGGAGCUACGUUCCUGCGUGGACUGGACGGAGAACGCUCUGAACGGAGAUCACCUGUGGAUGGAGACGAGUUGUUCAGGAGAUCUCUGUUAUCUCGGAGAGGACACCUGCCUACUGAAGACCGCAAAGUCGGCCCCCAGGAGGAAAUGUGCUGCCUGUAAGAUCGUUGUUCACUCUGGCUGCAUAGAGCAACUAGAAAAGAUUAACUUCCGAUGUAAACCAACCUACAGGGAGGGAGGAUCCCGCUGCCUCCGAGAUCAGAACAUACUGAGACAUCACUGGGUUCACAGAAGAAGACAGGAGGGGAAGUGUAGGCAGUGUGGAAAGAGUUUUCAACAGAAGUUCUUCCACAGUAAAGAAAUAAUCGCCAUCAGUUGUUCCUGGUGUAAACAGGCAUUCCACAAUAAGGUGACGUGUUUCAUGCUGCACCAGAUUGAGGAGCCGUGUUCACUGGGGGCCCACGCUGGAGUCAUAGUACCUCCCUCCUGGAUCAUCAAAGUCAGGAAACCACAGAGCUCACUUAAGAACUCUGCCAGGAGAAAAAAGCGGACAUCGUUUAAACGAAGGACAAGCAAGAAGGGACUGGAUGAGUCUAAAUGGCGUCCGUUCAUGUUGAAGCCUCUCCCUUCACCUCUCAUGAAGCCCAUCUUGGUUUUUGUCAAUCCCAAGAGUGGAGGCAACCAGGGUGCCAAGGUGUUACAGAUGUUCAUGUGGAUCCUGAACCCUCGACAAGUCUUUGACCUGUCACAUGGCGGGCUGCGAGAGGCGUUGGAGUUGUAUCGUAAAGUGCCAAAUCUGAGGAUCCUUGCCUGCGGAGGGGACGGAACGGUGGGGUGGAUCCUGUCCACUCUAGAUGAGCUGCAGAUGAACCCCCAGCCUCCGGUGGCUGUUCUUCCUCUGGGAACAGGAAAUGACCUUGCCAGGACGCUCAACUGGGGCGGGGGCUACACAGACGAGCCGGUGUCCAAGGUUCUGUGUCACGUGGAGGACGGGUCUGUGGUGCAGCUGGACCGGUGGAACCUUCUAGUAGAGAAAGGAGCCGCACAGCCAGAGGAGGGAACACAGAAGCUGCCUCUGAAUGUGUUCAACAACUACUUCAGCCUGGGCUUCGAUGCUCAUGUCACCCUGGAGUUCCACGAAUCCAGAGAGGCCAACCCAGAAAAGUUCAACAGUCGCUUCCGCAACAAGAUGUUCUAUGCAGGAGCUGCGUUCUCAGAUUUCCUCCAGAGAAGCUCGAGGGAUUUGUCCAAGCACGUCAGAGUGGUGUGCGAUGGUACCGAUCUAACUCAAAAGAUCCAGGAGCUGAAAUUUCAGUGCAUUGUGUUUCUAAACAUUCCCAGGUACUGUGCUGGCACCAUGCCGUGGGGAAACACAGGCGACCACCGGGACUUUGAGCCGCAGCGCCAUGACGACGGCUGCAUCGAGGUUAUCGGCUUCACCGUGGCCUCACUGGCGGCACUACAGGUCGGAGGUCACGGAGAGAGGUUGCACCAGUGCAGAGAAGUCGUCCUCACCACCUUCAAGACUGUACCUGUUCAGGUGGACGGUGAGCCGUGUCGACUGGCUCCCUCCACCCUCCGCAUCUCCCUCCGAAACCAGGCCAACAUGGUCCAGAAGAGCAAAAGACGCACCUCUGUGCCCCUGCUCAACGAUCCUCACGCAGUUCCGGAUCGUCUGCGUCUUCGAGUGAAUCGGAUCAGCCUCCAGGAGUACGACCGACUGCAGUACGACAAGGAACGGCUACGAGACAUCUCCAUCCCAGUCGGCAUCGUGGUGGUGAGAGGAGACUGUGACCUGGAGACAUGCAGACUCUACAUAGACCGAUUACAAGAGGACAUACACCAGGCGCCAUCUACUGGCCACAGAGUGCACUACCAGGAUGAGAGCAGAGGCCUCCCCAGGACCAGUUCAACCAGCAGACUCUCUCCCAACUGGAGCUUCUUGGAUUCCACGUCAGCUGACCGCUUCUAUCGCAUCGACAAGGCUCAGGAGCACCUCCACUUUGUGACAGAGAUCUGUCAGGAGGAGGUUUUCAUCCUGGACCACGAGGGACCGACGGUGAACCAGGGGUCGUCCACGGGGAUGCCUGAUUUGGUGGUGGAGCCGACGGCUGGUGUUUCCUUGACACACGACGAACAAGCUCUGCUCACGGCCGCCAGCUCAGGAGAUCUGUCCAUGCUGUCGGAGUGUUUGCGUCGAGGCGUCAGCUUGUUGGUCAGAGACUCCAGAGGCUGUUCAGCGUUACAUAUAGCCGCUCAGAACGGACACACGGACCUGGUCAGCUUCAUUCUGCAACAGGGCUCUAAAGUGCUUCUGGAUUUGACCGACAGAGAGAAAGGGGACACCGCCUUGCACAAAGCAGCCUCUGAGAAGCAGCAUGCCGUGUGUCGGUUGCUGGUGAAGGCCGGGGCGUCGCUCGAAAAGACCAACUUUCAGGGGAAAACGCCAGCGGACCAAGCGGAGGGAGACUCGGAGCUCGCCACCUUCCUGAACGCCCGACAAAACGGAUCUGCCAACCAAGAGGACUUGGAGACGGCUGUCUGAGGCGGAGACACACACACGCACGCACACACACACACACACACACACACACACACACACACACACACACACACACACACUCUCUCACACACACACACACACACACACACACACACACACAGUCACUCUGCCUCUCUGGACUCACACACUCGUAGAGGAGACGAGUCUUGAAAGUGUAAAGAAAACCGGACAGAGUCUGGCUCGUCUCUGCAGACGGAGAGACAUUGAGACGAACCAGAGGAGUGAACUGCUUCAGCUCAUUGGAGAUUUUAAAUGGUCAACUAUUUAUUUGUAUUUAUUUAUUCAUAUUCUAUUUAUUGGUUGUGCUGAUUGAUUGAGAAAUGCAAGUGCACUUUGAGCAGCCGUCGUGAGUUCACGUGUCGUUUCUGAGUGCCGAACUCGUGAAAACACGUUUGUCACAAUUCAUAUUUUUAAAAAAAAUUAAAAAAGAAAAUGUGUUGAUAAGCAUUUAGAAAAUAUUUCUGUUUGAAAAUAAUCAAAAUGAUCCUAAAUGCUUAAGUUUUCUAUAAGGUUUACCCCAUAAAACCUGUGUGCCAAAGACAUUACAUGGAUGUAGUGUCAUAUCUGCUCCCAGAGUCACAGUGGUUUGUUUUCACAUAGAUCUCUGCUUUCAUACCAAAUUAAGUAAUUUUACUGUUUCCAUCGUGCUGUUUUCAUUCAGCGUCCACAUCACCGGGUCAACAGAGCUUUGGUUAUGUUAUAAAGUCGUCUUACAUUAGUUUAAGUACAAAAAAAAAAAAUUAAAGCUUUUUAUAUUAACUUUGCUUCACACUUGCUCAUAAAAAUACCAGAAAACAAAAACAAAACAACUACAGGAAGUGGUCUAAAGACAAAAUAAAAUGCGAACAAAGUGGAAUAAAUAUGUGCUGCAUUAUAAAUAUCAAUAAUUCCUGAUACUUGGAGGGUGUUACUUCACUGAUUCCCAACUAAAGAGGUCAAAUAAAAGGUCACAAAAUAAUAACAGAGUCAUAUAUAUGUGUCUGACACAUAAAACAAUGAUUAUAUCUUUUUUAAAUGGUUUUUCUUGUGAAGUACUUGAUACUUUCAACUUUUCAGUCUUCAACAAUCACUCUUCACUCCAUCUGCUCCCAGUUUAUAUCGAUAUGUUUAAAGAUGUCACAAGCUAAUAAAAGUGUUGGGAACUACUGGUUUAUUCCACAGUGUCAAAGCUAAAUCGGGAAAAACCCAGUUUGCCCAUUAAUCUUUAUCAAUAUUUUGUUGCCAUAAAUGGUUUAAAAAAAAUCUAGAAAAUACAACAAAACCAGUAUCGGCCCAGUAUGGAGGAUAGUUCAGCCGUUACCAUAAUGCAGCCCA